GUGGAAGUGCAUUCUUCAUUUUAUAUGGCUUUGUUGUGUGAAUUUGACUGUGUAUUAACUUCGAAUUUGAUGCCAUUGGAUUUUUGACUGUCAGAAUAUUGCGAAUCGAAUUCAGUUUAGCGAAAAAUCCUCACAAGACUGCAAAAUGGGUCGUCACAAGAAGGCUGAUCCAAACGCCGACCAAAGGUGUAUAAAGCAAGGACUGCCAUCAAUUAUCCGUGAACGAUAUCGGGAUGUAAUUGUCGCAAUCAUUUCGUACUUAUCGGUGAAGGCUACGAAGAUCGCAUGCCUUGCAUCGUUACUAUUUUUGAUGAAGGUCAAUGAAGCACUCGACGAUUUCAACUAUGAUUUUUUUGAAACCGAUGAACCAUCAACGAUCAUACACAACUGUUUUAAGGCCGUUCUUGUCGAUAACAUUGGUAACAUAUCGCUUAUGUUACCUGGUUUCCGCAACAUUGUCGACGCUGCACACAUUGACUGGCCCACAAACGGUGGGUUCGGGAACGGUUUUAAAUAUAUAUGGGAGCAGUACUACGACAAUGUCAAAACGAACCUGACAACGCAUUGCGAGUCUCGAUUGCGGAAGUUUUUUAAAAUGAGAGCAUUCGAACUCAACGACUACGCCAUCAAGUACAAUUAUUUCAACAAUUUGUACGGUAUGAUCGAAUUCGAAUUGCCAUACUACGACGAGGAAGAUAUAAAAAAUGCCAUCAAUUAUACUUAUCGUCGUCGAAACACCGCAAUUGGCGACGUUGAACGUGAGAUGCGAUUGGGUGAACUAUUGGAUGAAUUGCGUUGGUUGGGAGCACCGGACGAUUGCAAUAUCCGUGACUUUGUGAAAGAGGAUUGGUUCAAGUCGAUUCGCAUGUGGUCGGAAAUUCAGCGCGAUAUUCGAAACUUUCACUUUGCAUACGAAGAUCGUCGCGAUAAACCACAAAUAAAAAACUUUGUCGUUGUGCCGAUGUGCACUUUUCAGCGUCGACACAUUCGAAUUGACACCGACGCAUUGUACGUUAUCCUAUCGAAUGCGAAAUUGGUGCCUCGAAAGUGCGGUAAACGGACACGUAAAGACGGAACAACAAAUUUCAAAAACAUCACGAGCAACGAAUUUCGCACAAAUAAAAUCCUAAGUUGGAAUUUAUUCUUCGAUGUGGAGAAAAUUCUCAAACUUGUGCACAACAAAAAGGAAUUCGAUUCUCAAAUUUGUUCCGAUGGCGUAUCUGUAUCGUUGAUGUACAAAAAACCGAAAGUACCACCAGUCGAGACAACAGAUGACGAAAUCAAGGCAAUGUAUGACAGCAAUGAGUUGAAAUAUGCUGUUGGAUGUGAUCCGGGUAUGCGAACGUGGAACGCUUCCGUACGACGAGAUUUGCAUACCAAAGAAGAGGUGAAUUUGCGUAUAUCCAGCAAGCGAUAUCACUGGGAUGCGAAACAAGGCCUACGUAAUGCAAAAGCCGAACGAAUCACAAGAUUGUUUACUUUCGAAGAGCAAGCCGAUCGUAAUCGAAUUGCAGCUAUGAUUGGUGAAAUGCCAUCGCCAAAAGGACCAUCAUGGCGUUCGUACAUUGAACAUCGAUUACGUGUAAUGAAUGAUGGCAUUGAAACAUACUCAACCAAACAGUAUGCACGCUUGGGACUGGACAAGCAUAUCGAAUCGGUUCGUGCAAUCGACAAAACGGCAUGCAAAAUGGUUCACAAUCAACCAUCAAUUUUCUACAUGGGAGCCAGCGGAUCAACACCAGCUAAUUCGCCGAUUAAGAUCAAGAAACAUGUGCGAUGUCCAGGCACACGGAAGCUGCUUGCGGCCAUUAUGAAACGUGGCAAUUGCAUCAUUCGAAUGGUCGAUGAGUACAUGACAUCACAACAUUGUCCAUUGUGUUUCAAACGAUUUCCACAACAAACUCGACGUGAUCGAUACAAGACAUGUGUGGGUUGUGUACCAAAUCCAAUUGUUGGACUACCACGAACCAUCGUAACCAAUGUGAGCAAACGAUUACUACAAAUGCGACGAACAAUUGAACGAAUGUGGCGCGAGAUGCGUGAUAUAGGCGAUGUCAUUGCUGCAACUCUUCGAGAUGGACCGAAUGCAGGUCGUUUGGUGUCAAAGAAGCAACGCUUCUUCAAAACAUGGCUACCAAAUGUUGCAAACGUUGAAAUCGAGGGAGCUGCCGGAGCACAACCAACGCUCACAACUGUAUGGCACCGUGAUAUCGCAGCAGCGAAGCUGAUCUUUUACAAAGGUGAAUGCGUGGUGUUCAAGCGGACAAUUCAUCCAAAUGUACGGAGACCACGCCGUGUUGACAACAAUCAGCCAUUGCCGUUGUAUCGAGGUCAGAAUCAGAAUGUCAACAAUGGACAUCUGCAGCCGCAGUAG